UGCUCCCAAAACUAAUAACCGUGUAUCCCCAAUCCUGCAACUAACCAAAAAUGGCGGUUCACCUCAACAGGCUAUGGCUUCCCAACCCUCCCCUGUCUACGAAUUUUCAUCAUCAUUGCCGGACACCGCCGCCGCCGCCGCCGACUGCUCUCGCAGCUUCAUCUUCCCUUUCGUCUCCGCCAACUAUUCAGAUUGUUGGUGGGAAAACACCAGGGUGGUAUGGGAGGAAUUCCAGUUCCAAUGACUUGUUGGACGCCUAUGGAGGAGAAAAUUAUUGGCCCGAUCUUGAUACUGACCUCUAUCACUGGACGAAGGAAUUGCGCCCUGUGCAGUGGUAUCCUGGUCAUAUUGCAAAGACCGAGAAGGAACUUAAAGAACAGCUCAAAUUGAUGGAUGUCGUGAUAGAAGUGCGAGAUGCAAGGAUUCCUAUGUCCACAAGUCAUCCACAGAUGGAUGCGUGGCUUGGAAACAGAAAACGAAUUUUGGUUUUGAAUAGAGAAGAUAUGAUAUCCACUAAAGACCGGAAUGCUUGGGCAAAUUAUUUCACGAGGCAAGGGGUGAAGGUUGUCUUUUCCAAUGGGCAGCUUGGCAUGGGCACAAUGAAGUUGGGUAGGUUAGCCAAGGCAUUAGCAACUGGUGUGAAUUUGAAACGCAGAGCAAAAGGACUACUCCCCCGCCCAGUUCGAGCUGGAAUAGUUGGUUAUCCAAAUGUUGGGAAAUCAUCUUUGAUAAACCGUUUGCUUAAGCGCCGGAUGUGUCCAGCAGCUCCACGACCAGGUGUUACAAGGGAAUUGAAAUGGGUUCGAUUUGGGAAAGAUCUGGAGUUGCUGGAUUCCCCUGGUAUGAUCCCAAUGCGGAUAAGUGAUCAGUCAGCUGCAAUAAAGCUUGCUAUAUGUGAUGAUAUUGGAGAGAGAUCCUAUGACGUCACUAAUGUUGCAGCGAUUCUCGUUCAGAUGCUCUCAAAGCAUCCAACUGUUGGUACAAAAGCUAUGUACAACCGUUACAAGAUUGAGAUGGAUUGUCAAUGUGGUAAAACAUUCGUUCAGAAGCUUGCACUUCAGUUGUUCAGUGGAGAUACACAUCAAGCGGCAUUUCGUAUCUUGGCUGACUUUCGUAAAGGGAAGUUUGGUUGGAUUGGCUUAGAGAGGCCUCCUCGAUGAAUGAUGCAGUGGGAUAUUUUCUGUUUCGAGACCAGAAGACCCGGUGGUUGUAUUUAUUUGUCAGUUUUGAAGUGACGUAGAUGUCUUCUGCGACUGCAGAUUUGGAACAUGGUGGACUAUUAAGCUGAGGAAAGAUCUGGUGCUAUGAGCAAGACUAAGAUCCUCAUUGAGUUUAAGAGUUCUCAAUGAUUUGUAGGGUUCGUGUUGUUGUAAGUUGUAACGUUUAGGAGGUCAUACAUAUAAGAGAAAUGUGAUCCUAUGCACAUAAUGGAUAUUACUGGAAACAAUAUUGUUUCUUCAAAAUUUGUCUGGUAAUACAGUGGUUCCCAUAAAAGCA